UUUACGCACGGAGGGAAUGGCGACUCCGGGCGUGAGUCCUGCACUUUUACCCCCGUUGUGAAGUCGGGACAGAGUCGGAAUGUUGCUCCCGACGCUGCUGACGUGCCUCGCCGGCUGCGCCUUGGUCCUGACGCCGGGCUGCGGGGGCUGCGGGCCGGGGCGAGGUUACGGGAAAAGGCGCUCGCCCCGGAAGUUGGCGCCGCUCGCCUACAAGCAGUUCAGCCCCAACGUGGCCGAGAAGACGCUGGGGGCCAGCGGGAGGUACGAGGGCAAAGUAAGCCGCAACUCCGAGCGCUUCAAGGAGCUCACCCCCAACUACAACCCGGACAUCAUCUUCAAGGAUGAGGAGAACACAGGUGCGGACCGCAUGAUGACGCAGCGCUGCAAGGACAAGCUGAACUCUCUGGCCAUCUCUGUGAUGAACCUUUGGCCCGGGGUCCGUCUGCGGGUCACAGAGGGCUGGGACGAGGACGGCCACCACUCCGAGGAGUCGCUUCACUACGAGGGUCGAGCGGUGGACAUCACCACCUCGGAUCGGGACAGGAACAAGUACGCCAUGCUGGCUCGACUGGCCGUGGAAGCGGGCUUCGACUGGGUCUACUACGAGUCCAAGGCUCACAUUCACUGCAGCGUCAAGUCAGACCACUCUGUGGCGGCCAAGUCUGGAGGUUGUUUCCCCGGCGACGCCUUGGUCACCGUGGAAAACGGCUCGCAAACGUUGAUGCGCGACCUGCGAGCUGGCGAGCGAGUCCUGGCCUUAUUCGCCAGCGCCACUGGUGCUGAACUGGUGUACAGCCAGGUCCUCACCUUCCUGGACCGGGACCCGACCGCCCGCAAGCUUUUCUACACGGUCCGGACGGAGGACGGUGCCCGCCUCUCGCUCACGGCCGCCCACUUGCUGUUUGUGACACAGACUAACUGCUCGGAGGGGGCGUCGCCCGCCCACGCCGCCCUGAGUGCGGUGUACGCUCGCGACGCCCGGCCAGGCCGGUGCGUGCUGGUGACUGGCGGCAGAUCGCGUCUUUCUCGUAUCACUCGGGUCACCGUGACGACGAGGUGGGGUGCGUUCGCCCCCCUGACCGCGCAGGGAACAGUGGUGGUGGGCGGGGUGGCGGCGUCCUGUUACGCGGUGGUGGACCAGCAUUCCUUGGCUCACCGGGCCUUCUCGCCGCUCAGGCUGAUGCACAGCUGGACUGGCACCAGCGGUUACCGUGGCGAUGGGGUCCACUGGUAUGCUGCACUUUUACACUGGCUGGGGGGGAUUUUGCUGGACUCGGGACAGCUCCACCCGCUUGGUGUGACUCCAGCCCGCAGGUGAGGACAAAAGGGGAAGAAAAUCAUAUUUGGAUCUUGGGAGCUUCAGAAGAAGUUUUAAAAAAAACGACAUUUCAUUGAAAGAGACUCAACGUGGGACUUGGUAACAUGAGUCACUUGUCAUUGGUGAGCCUUUUCAAAAAAAUGGUAUUGGCCAAUUCAACAAAAAUGUAACACAACCAAGUAGAAGUUUUGAUACAAAUACAGCGUAGGUGUGGACUUAAGAGGAUGGUCAACAUCACUCAAACUGUAGCCAUGGCUUGCACAUUUACUUGUGACCAUGACCACACCUUUUAAGACACGGGUGUCAAACUUCUUUUCUUUGAGGGCCACUUUGCUCAUAACAUUCAAUACAUGGAUUCACCUCGUGAUAUCAUUACACAACUGCGUAUGUCACCUCGUGAUAUCUUUACACAGCUGCGUAUGUCACCUCAUGAUAUCAUUACACAACUGCGUAUGUCACCUCAUGAUAUCAUUACACAGCUGCGUAUGUCACCUCAUGAUAUCAUUACACAACAGCGUAUGUGACCUCGUGAUAUCAUUACACAACUGCGUAUGUGACCUCAUGAUAUCAUUACACAACUGCGUAUGUCACCUCAUGAUAUCAUUACACAGCUGCGUAUGUCACCUCAUGAUAUCAUUACACAGCUUCGUAUGUCACCUCAUGAUAUCAUUACACAACUGCGUAUGCCAGUGAUUCUCAAACUGUAGUACACGUACCACUAGUGGUACUCUGGCUCCAUCUAGUGGUACGCCAAAAAAAUCAAUGAAGUGAUUAGUGUUUUAUUUUCCUAUAUUCAAACACAGUGUGACUGUUCAAACUGUGUUUAAUGUUACAGUGGCCCGACAUUUUAAACAUACUUGUUAAAUACAAACCCCGUUUCCAUAUGAGUUGGGAAAUGGUGUUAGAUGUAAAU